GCAAUUUCAUCAUUUUCACUGUAACAACAACAACUUGGUCACAAAUAUGUUAUAAAAGGAACAGACGAGAACUCUUCUACAGUAACUCAGAGUAGCCUGUGAUGGAGGCUCUACUGCCUAAAGCUGUAUCUUUAUCUGGCGGUUCGCCUGGUUCCAAGGAGAUGCAGCUCCAGCUACUCCUUGGACUUCAACUCAUCAAUAAGUCUUUAAAGAAACCAGCCAAACCACUCCAGCCACACAAAGAAGGAGAGACCAGCAGCAGCAGUGAGAGCGAGAGCAGUCCCUCUCCACCUGCUUUAAUGGAGAACCCAAGGAAAAGAAAACUUCCUUCUGACUUGAAUGAUGAGUCUGACAAGAGAGAGAAAAAGAAAAUGAUGAAUAGGAUUGCUGCUCAAAAUGCAAGGGACAGAAAGAAGAACUAUUUGGAAAGUCUUGAAAAGAAACUAGCAUUGCUGGAAGAAGAGAACAAAAAACUAAAAGAGGAGAAUGCGUCUUUGAAGAGCGAGACAGUGACUCUAUCGGCCCAGAAGGAUGAGCUGGAGAAGAGAUUGAGUGAUAAGGAAGAAGGAGACGGAGAGAUCAUGGUGUGUGGCGGGUCUGCAGUACCCUUAGUUUCUCUGCCGCAGAAACCCAUACCAUCCUCUCUGAAUCCUUCCCUCCUCUAUCAUUUCUUGAUGAUAAUCAAUCUGAUUUACUAUCUAUGUUGGUUUCAGAAAUUGACUCAAACUGCUCAUCAUGCAAAUCUCUCUCCUUCGAUGACUCAUAUUGCAUCAAUGGAGAGAUUUUUCCUGCCGAUGCCUCCAGCCCAAAGAUGGUGGGGCCCACAACAAACUGGCUGGAACCCACCGAUGAACUAAGCUCCCUUUUCCUCCCUCAACUUCAAAACACUCUCACGUCUGCUAAUAAUGAUUGUCAGCCUUUAACUCCACCUGAUAGUUUAGGAUCCUCGGUUGAUUUUCUCUCUGAUUCAGAAAUUGAUCAGCUACUCAAUGAUUUUGAUGCUAACGUUGAUACAAACUUGAUUUAAACUGAAAUUGUUGAUUUAAUCGUUUCUGUAUUUGUUCGUUAUUAUUAUUAUUGUCAUUUUGCCAUAUUACUAUUGCUUAUAUUA